AGGAACCAAACGGAAGCAAAUGCACAGAGCAAACCGAACGAACGGGGAGGGAUCUACUUGAAUGUGUCCAAUAGAAACUCUCGUUUUCUUUUAAAACAGUUUCCUUUGCAAAACGUUUCGCAACAGACGAAACGUUUUGAAACGGAAUUUAAAACUAAUGAAUACACCAGUGAUAAUGGACCAGAUUUGAUAUUCAUGUAGGGCUACACAGCUGACCACGUUUUGUCACAUGCUUGUUGUUGUUCUGGUAGCCUAGUGCUUUUUUGAAUGGUCUGCACUCGAUGUAAACCUCUCUCCCAAUUCAGAGGCAUCGGAAUAAUAUUGUCUAGCUUCGGAUUUGUAAUUACAUGAUUCUUACAAUUAUUUAGGGCGUUUGACUCGAACGAUCGCGACGCGAAGGGGAGUCAAUCAAACACGCAUUGCGUCCCUUGUUUACCAACAUGACUGAGGACAAACAAAGCGUCACCGAGGAAAAUUUACAGGGUAAGUUCAUUGCUGUCUCGUAGUCUAUAAUGGCAUGGCAUGUUUCAUAAUUUUAAUAAAACGGACGGUAUGUUCGCAGUAUAGUCAGGAUGCCAUGCUUUUGUCGGUUUCAGGAGAUCUGUAGCCAACGUCAUUGUACAUAUGGUGAAACAGUGUUGCGCCGAGGGGACACAAUUCUAACGAUAUGAUUUGUUGCUACGUUGUAUCACAACAAUGUUUCUUCAGCGGUGGUAGAUCUAUGACGAAAGUCUGUAUUCCUCGUCUUGCCUGACUGUCCUACAGAUCAGACGGUAGGACAGGUAACGUUAGGCUAUAGGGCAGGCCUAUAACAUUGUCAGCAAGCUAAUGGGUAAUUGUGGUGAUGUAAAGUCGAUCUUGACCUCAGCGCAGUGUUCGGAAUGCGUAUUCUCAAUGCUGUAAUGAUGCUAUUUUUAGCAUUGUUCAAUGCAACAAUGAUAAGGAACACAACAAACCAGAUUCUGCCCAGCCGCCUGUUGUGUGCUUCUGGAUGAUGUAAUAAAGGGGAGGGGCUGAACGUCGCUUUUCUAUUGGAUAGCCAGCCUAUAAAGGGGAGGAGGGCUGAACACGUCUCUUUCCUAUUGGAUACACACAGGAAGGGAAAACGAGGGCAGAGAACAGGGAUCAUUGAGCUAUAAGGGGGGCACAGACUGCAGUGGGCCCUGGGCAGGUACUAUUUAAAGAACAAAACAUUUAGCAAUGGCUGACUGUGCCAUGCUAUCUAGGCUAAACACAUACACACACACCUCCUAAACCACUCCCACUGUACAUGAAGGCUGUUAAUACAUGCCUUAUGACUGUCAUUAUGAACUAUGUCUCAAUGUUCUGCACCAUUUUGUCAUGUUAAUUUUUCUUCUUUAAGGUUCCUGGGUGGAGCUGCACUUUAACAAUGGCAGCAGUGGUGGCUCACCAGCGCAUGGGGCUGCUGGGGUGGAGGAAGAGCAGGUGUCAGGCUCUGCCACUGAGGUACCAGGCUCUGGGUCAGGUGCCUCUGCCUCAGUCCACGGCGGAGACCUGAUGACGGCGUCGGUCCUGCCUGGGUCUCUCUCUGCCUCUACCCAGGGAGGUGACCUGAUUCCUGGGUCAGGUGCCUCUGCCUCAGUCCACGGCGGAGACCUGAUGACUGCGUCGGUCCUGCCUGGGUCUCUCUCUGCCUCUACCCAGGGAGGUGACCUGAUUCCUGGGUCAGGGUCAGUCCAGGGAGGGGUGGACUUGGAGAAGAUGUUGUUAGACGCCCAGCACGAGUCAGGGAGAAGCAGCUCCAGGGGCAGUGUGCCCUGCGACAGGUGCCCCUCUACCAAUCACAUGCCAUAUAGACCGUCACAUGACACAAUCAUUUUGAUUAGUCACCUGAACACAAAGGACUAAGAGAUAGGAGACACUGUCAUACAUUGGAGUUAUAAUACGGUAUGUACUAUAAUGACCUGUCACAUCUUCACCGUCGCUGACCUUCUAUCCUUCAUCUGUAUGAGUGCCUCUAUACAUUUCUAGAUCAGAUUAAUAGAUGAAGAACGUCAUGAUGAAAACACAAAGAGAUCCGUCAGAGGGGCUUUUCCCAAUACUUAUGUUGUCUCUCUCCGUCUGCGUCUUACCCCACCAGUCCUCCAAGACCCCAGACUCCUUUGCUCCGCCGGGGUUCAGAAGGACACAGCUCAGGAGAGAAGAACAGCUCACAGGUUUGGAGUCCUUAACCAGGGGCACCAUAGAUUCAAUAUAAUACCAUUCUAUUCAACUCUGUGUGGGGCACUAUCUCAAAGUAGUUGGUGAGGCACAGUGGGGUGGUUCAAAGGUUAUAAAACUAAAAAAGGUUAUAACCUAAUAUUUCAAGUUCUGCAAUAUAUUGUUUUUACAUUUCUAGUUUUUCACUCGGAGGUUGAGAGCAGAGCAGAAGACCAGUUUCCCGUUGUAACAAAUUGACAAAUAAAAAGUUGUUUUAUAUUCUGUUCCAGUCUGAAGAAGACUACCUAGAACGGAGACGUGAAGUGGAGAACCUGAUGAAGAAGAACGCAGACUGGAUCUGGGACUGGUCGAGUAGACCGGAGAACAUUCAACGCAAGUUAGUACCCCCUCAAUAUUUACCCUCCGUAUCCCAGACAGACGGGUCAUAUCUAUUCAUAUGUGUUUUCAAUUAAGUUCUGCUCAGCCCAGUUUAGAAUAGAAAAUAGUGAAUAUAAUUUAAUACAAAUUAUUUCAUUUACUCUAUACUAUUAUAUAAUUAAAUAGAAUAGAACAGAACUUGAUAUUCCUUUCUACCCAAACCACUUCCAGGGACAUUGUUAAUGUGCUCUCUGUCUUUUGGAUCCAGGGAGUUUGUGCUGAAGCAUCCUAAACGCUCCAACCCGCUCAGCAUCAGAAACACCAGCGUCAUGAAGAGCGGAGGUAUCUUCUCUGCCGAGUUCCUCAAGGUCUUCCUUCCGUCUCUGCUCAUAUCCCACGUACUGGCCGUCGGUCUGGGGUGAGUUUUGAUUUUUUUAAAACCUUUUGAAAACAAAGCUAAUUAUGAAGAAUGUAUUAUUCGUAAGGGUAAAAGAGCGGAACGUGAAAUAGAUCUGUUUUUAAUUUUCUCUUGUAUGUUUGCAUGGGAUCAAAUCUGCACAGAGACGACAGUAACACAAAUCUAGUUUGGUGAUCAGUGUACUAUUUUGUCCCAUCUCCACCAUAGAUACCAGGGGCAGCAGGUAGCCUAGCCGUUAGAGGGGCGAGUCAGCAACCGGUGGCCAGUUCGAAUCCCGGGUCCGACGGGAAUAAUCUGUUGGGAAGUGAGCUGGCAACCGGGAGGGGGGGGGUUGCUGGUAUCAGAUCCUAGAUGCCGGGGGGGGUUUGCUGGUAUCAGAUCCUAUAUGCCAUUGCCUGCCGUUGUGCCCUUGAGCAAUAAAGUGAUGUAAAUAGAAUUACAAGGCUAAACUAUAGUAUUUCUAUGAUCAACUAUAUCUACGUGCUGGAGAGUACACAGAGUAGACUAGAGGUGCAUUCUUGCAGGUGAGUGUUCAGUUUGUUCAGCUGUGCUGCUAAGGCCCCAGAUCCAGAUGGUAUUACUUUUUAUGGCCGCAGCUCACUGUGGAAAGAAUGGAAUGGGUGAUCCACUUUAGUCACCAAUCAAGAGUUUGAGCUGUGAGCCUCAUUGCACUAAAAAGUGUACACGGAGGGGGCGAAUGUCAAUGACAUGCAUGUCGAUCUCUACUGGCUCAAAGUUGAGGGAGAGAUUGACUGCAUCACUAUUGGUCUUUGUGCGAGGUGUUGAUGUGUUGAAGGUACCGAACGGUCUGUUCAAGCAGUUGGCACACCGUUCGGACACUCAUCGGUAUCACGCGACAUGCAACCAGAGAUCUCUUCACAGUCCCCAGGUCCAGAACAGAGGCUGGGAAACACACAGUUUUAAAUAGAGCCAUGACUACAUGGAACUCUCUGCCACCCCAGGUAACUCAAGCUGGCAAUAAAACCAGAUUCAAAAACACCUUACUGCACAAAGGGGGCUAUGAAGAGACAGACAUUUUUAUGCAUUUUGAUUUUUAUUGUGUGUGUGAUACGUGGUUGGGAUACGACUGUGAUAUGUGGUUGUCUCGCCUGGCUCUCUUAAGAUGAAUGCACUAGCUGUGGGUCUCUCUGAAUGGGAGCGUCUGCUAGAUGACAAAAUUGUAAUUUAGUGCUGUAUAUUAUGUAUUUUAUUUGUUGCGUUUCCUGUUUGGACCCCAGGAAGAGGAGCCGCAGCCUCGACAGCAGCUCAUUGGGGAUCCUAGUAAAUUUUUUUUUUAAAAAUACACUGGGGACUGUAGAGUGAAAAAUCUAAAGAAUGCCUUGCUGAUUUUCAAGAAACUCUUAACCACCGACAAAUAUAAGUGAAAUAUUGCACAAAAUAAAGUUGGCAACACAUGUACAAAACCGUAGGCCCAUGUACAAAACUGAACUAGUGUUUGAUGUUAUUUCCCCCUCUGUCCUCAGGGUGUACAUUGGGAGACGUCUCACUACCUCCGUGACCAAUACCUUCUAAAGGGGCAGUCCACUGGACUGGAACAACACCAUUAUUAUCUACCACUGCUGCUUGGCUUGAAGUGAUGCUU